AUGCCAAAAAAACUCACAAAGCCAAGGCCAAGGGCUCGAUUCUAUCCCUACCUGAUACCAGCUUUCUACAAAAUCAGCAGUUACCUUACGGUACUUGAAGUCAUCCACUCUGAGAAGGAACCAGCUUAUGUAUCCCCUAGGUGCAAGAAGCUGAACCUGUACUCCGAGGGUGCAACGACGCUCAAAAAGCUGCACUCUGGUGUCACGUUGACUUUGAGGACACGGGCAAGCGAUGGUGGAAGCAGCCCCGGGCUUAAGCCUGCACGAGGUGCAGUGCUUGGAGGGGCACAGCGACCGGGUAUGGAGCGCGGCAUGGGCACCUUCGGGGGAUGCCCUGGCCUCCUGCAGCGGAGACAAGACCGUGAGAGUGUGGGCCAGAGAAGCAGGGCCAGGCACCAGAUGGGUCUGCAAGGCCAUCCUGGAGGAGUCGCACCACCGGACUCCAUCUGGGAGCAGACUGGUGGAGAGUUCGAAUGCGUGGCUUCGCUUGAGGGCCAUGAGAACGAGGUGAAGAGCGUCGCUUGGAACGCUGGGGGCAACUUGCUAGCGACGUGCAGCCGGGACAAGAGCGUGUGGAUCUGGGAGGCGCAGCCGGGCAACGAGUACGAGUGUGUAUCGGUGCUGCAGGGCCACAGCCAGGACGUCAAGAUGGUGCGCUGGCACCCCACGCGCGACUUGCUCGUGUCCGCCAGCUAUGACGACACCAUCAAGGUCUGGGCCGAGGAUGGGGACGAGGACGACUGGCGGUGUGUUCAGACGCUCUCGUCCGCAGCGCAGGGGCACACGUCCACAGUGUGGGGGGUCGCUUUCGACAGCACAGGAGAUCGGAUGGUGUCCUGCAGCGACGACCUGACCCUGAAGGUGUGGGACACGCACACCGACCCGACCACCAGCAUGGGCGCAGGUGCGGGCGCCUGGAAGCACGUGAGCACCAUUUCGGGGUACCACGAGCGGACCAUCUUCAGCGUCGACUGGUCCAGGAUGAACGGCCUGAUCGCGUCAGCAUCUGGGGACGACGCCAUCCGCAUUUUUGCCGACGAUGAGGAGCCACCCUCCACGACUGGGCAACCUACAUUCAGUCAAGUGGCCAAGAAGGAAAAGGCACACAGUACAGACGUGAACUGCGUACGAUGGCAUCCUACGGACCCGAGAUUGCUUGCAUCCGCAAGUGAUGACAUGUGCGUCAAGAUAUGGGAGCUUCGAGGACGUUCAGAAUCCUUUCCAAACGGAGGGUCUGCGAAUGGAUCUAAAGACGUACAUUUGUGAUGUGUUUGCGUAUCUCGUCCAGGCAGCCUUUGCAUGGGUGCACACAGGGCACAAUGCAUCGUCGCCACUAUCCUGCGUGCUUAUACAUGGAACAUGUAUCCAUGGUCGCCACCCCACAUUCUCUAUAAAUGAGCAGUCACCAAUUUGCAGCGAGGCGAGUCGAAUAUUCGACCAACCAACAUAUCAGGUCUGUGCUCACCGUACCGUACUUCUUCUCGUCAGACUGGCAAGCAGCCGUUUAAAGAUGAGUAGGGCGCCGAU